AUGAUUAGAAAAGUCAUCAGGAAAAUCCAGAAGGACCAAAGAAGCCAGGAGAAACCAGACCAAUUUGUCAUAUUUGUUGUCGCUUCCAGGAAAGAGAAAAUCUAUCUAUCUAUCUAUCUAUCUAUCUAUCUAUCUGUGUGUGCGUGUGUGUGUGUAGAUGAAUUUCUAUUUAUCUGUCUAUUUCUUUCUUUCUUUCUUUCUUUCUUUCUUUCUUUCUUUCUAUCUAUCUAUCUAUCUAUCUAUCUAUCUAUCUAUCUAAACAAUAGCCUUCUCAUUUCUUAUAUAAUAUCUAUCUGUUUAUCUAUUUACUAUCGCUUCCCGUCUGUACAUCUAUCUAUUAAAUCAAUCUAUCACUUCAUUCCUAUCUAUCUAUCUAUUAGCAGCUCUCAAACAUUCUAUUGGGUGAAAUUUACCAUAACAAAUCAUAUCUGUAUUGCUACUACGAAUUGUUCUUAUCGAUCUAUCUCUUCUUUGCUGUUCACCUAUCUGUUUUCUAUCUAUCUAUUUAUCUAUCUAUCCCUUCCUUUUUGUUUAUCUAUCUAUUCCUUCUUCCAUUCCUUCCUUCCUUCCCUUUCCUUCCUUCCUGAUUACCUAUCACACAAAUUCAGAUUAUCAUUCAACACAAUUUCUACUGUUCUUCUCUUUCUCACACGUCAAGCUGCUCUUCUCACAUUAUUCAUAAUCUAUCUAUCAGCCCUUUUUUUCUAUCUAUCUAUCUAUCUAUCUAUCUAUCUAUCUAUCUAUCUAUCUAUCUAUCCUUUCUGUUUCCCUCUCUCUUGCUGA